AUGUCUUACUCCUGUGGAAUGCAGUUGCUCGUGGCCUAUGUGGUAUGGUGUGGUGUGGCGGGGGGCGUCUUGUUCGGCUUCAUACAGCUGACCGAAGCGUAUGUCAGCGAUCAAUUGCCCAAGGAGAUCGACAAGACCUUCGAUCGCGGCAGCCAGGUCGCGCCUUUCCAAGAAGAACAGCUCCGAAUGCCACGUGUCGAGCUAAAGAAGGAAGCCGCGGACCUCGUGCGGGCCGUGGCACCCCUGUACAAUCAUGGGCGGCGCCUCUCGUUUGUGGUCGGGGCGGAGGGUGCCGGGAAGACGACACUCCUUCGGCAGGCGCUGCUGGAUCUGAAAGCGACCGGGGAGAUGGACGGGGUCAUCUAUAUCGACAACCUGACGUCAGUAGACGACUUCUGGGAUCGUCUUGCAAAGGCACUCAUUGGCCGCGGGAGACUUGACAACGGCAUGCUAGCAGCGCGCUUGAAAGGCUGGUGCGGCAAAGUGGAUGCGGCGUUCCAAAGUGCAUGCUUUCGGUACCGUAAGAGGACGGGCAAACUUCCGGUCGUCGUGGUCGAUGCACUCACAAGCCGGGACUUCUUUGAAAACACCGCCGCCACGUCUCAGCUCUUCCGUACUUUUGAGCAAUGGAACUACGGGUACGCACGGGUCGUCUUGGUACUGGACGGCUUCGCUAUGGACCUUGUAAGAGAAGACCUCAGGCACUACUUUUGCCAAGGAGCCGUCGCUCUCGAGGUCGGAGAGGCUUCUGCGCCCGAAGUCGCGCGCUUCCUGCAGCCGACACUCACGGAGCGCGAGGCCGCGUUCGCCGCGCGCUUUCUCGGCGGAAACCUCCAAACCCUGGCGGAUAGCUUACGGACUCUCGCAGGCUUCACCGGAAGCCCCGACUUCCAGACGCGUGUCAUCAACUUUGUUCUGGAGGAGGGAGUGCGACGCUGCGGGGCUUUGGGCGCGGAGUGGACUGUGACGGUUCCAGACGGGCCGAUCAAGCCGGGAGAGUUGCCCUUGACCUUCGAAGAUGCGAACAAGGAAGCGACGGCCCUACUGGAGCUGGCACGCGAAAUGGAUCUGCAGCCAACGGGAUGCCUGGCGCCGCGUCAAGUGACAGAAGUGCUCGCGCGCACGCAGCCCCACGGACUGACGCUACUUAUAGGCGGUUUGAUCGGGGUGGUGACCAUCCUCGUUGGCUCCGUGGAGCUGACGCACGCUUACGUCAGCUACCGAUUGCCCAGAGAGCUCGACGAGACGCUCAACCGCGGCAGCCACGUUCCGCCUCACCCGGAACAAGAGCUCAGACUGCCACGUGUCGAGCUGGAGAACAAAGCCGCGGAUCUCGUGCGAUCCGUGGAAUACGGCAUCAGGAGUAAGCAUCCCCGGCGAGACCUUUCGCUGGUGGUCGGGGCAGAAGGAACCGGGAAGACGACACUCCUGCGGCAGGCAACUCUGGAUCUGAAAGCGACCGGGGAUUUGGACGGGGUCAUCUAUGUUGAUAAGGUGAAGACGGUGGACGAUUUCUGGGGUCGUUUUGCGAGAGCCCUCAUCAGACGCGACAAAUUUGGCAACGACUUCCUAGCGGCGCGCUUGCAAGCGAGGGGCGAAUGGGCAAUAGAAGACUUGUUUGAAGCCGCGUGCGACCGGUACCGUGAGCGGACGGGCAAACUUCCCGUCGUCGUUAUAGAUGCGGUCUCCGGCCGUGACUUCUACGAAAAGGAGUCCACCUCGGGUGACCUCUUGCGUACGUUCGACCGCUGGGCGAAUGACACGCGAGCACGUGUCGUCUUGGUAGUGGACGGCUUUGCUCUGGGCCUCGUUUCGGAAAUAUACGUCAGGCGCUACCUCUGCGACGAAAUCGCUCUCGAGGUCGAAGAGGCUUCCCCGUCCGAAGUCGCGCGCUUCCUGCAGCCGACGCUCAGGGCGCGCGAGGCCGCGUUCGCCGCGCGCUUCCUCGGCGGAAACCUCCAAACCCUGGCGGAUAGCUUACGGACCCUUGCAGGCUUCACCGGGAGCCCCGACUUCGAGAAACGCGGGCCUUCUCUAACCUUCUUAGGAGCCCAUAAUGUGGUCCUCUUUUUCUUGACACGUGUCAUCGAGUUUGUUCUCGACGAGGGAGCGCGACGCUGCGAAACUGUGGGCGCAUAUUGGAGGGAGAAGGUUCCAGACGGGCCGAUCAAGCCGGGAGAGCUACCCUUGACCUUCGAAGAUGGGAGCAAGGAAGCGAAGGCCCUACUGGAGCUGGCACGCGAAAUGGAUCUGCAGCCAAACGGUUGCCUGGCGCCCGAUCAAGUAACAGAAGUGCUCGCGCGCACGCAGCCCCAUGAUCUGACGGUCGAGCUGCUCCUUAAAAACGGGCUCCUUGUCGAGACGAGUACUGAUGGACGGUUUUACUUAAAGCUACGCUUCAGCAACGGCAUUAUGCGCUCCUUUUUCACGCUACUACAAGACAAACGAGUCGAGGGAAUUGAUUAG